AUGAACGGCUACGGCUCGCCGUACCUGUACGUGGGGGGUCCGGUGGCGCAGGCGCGCGCGCCGCUCCAGAGGACGCCCAAGUGCGCGCGCUGCCGCAACCACGGCGUGCUCUCGUGGCUCAAAGGCCACAAGCGCUACUGCCGCUUCAAGGACUGCACGUGCGACAAGUGCAUCCUGAUCAUCGAGCGGCAGCGCGUGAUGGCGGCGCAGGUGGCGCUCAGGCGGCAGCAGGCCAGCGAGAGUUUGGAGAGCCUGAUCCCGGAGGCGCUGAGGACCCCCGGAGCCGAGCUGCGCUGGAGCGGAGAGGGGCUCAGCACGCAGUCUGGACCAGAGCUGAAUGAGGACCUGUCCGGCGAGCAGUCUGGUGGAGAGAACAGUGGCAGCACCAGUGACCGAGAGCAAGAAACUGCCAGUUCCCCAGAGGAACCCAAACCCAACCCCUGCUAUACCCCCAACACCCCGGACCCUCCUCCUCAUCCUGAAGAACCCCGCUACAGUGCAUCCAAACCCUGCGAUCCAGAACCCAAACCCGACAGCCCAAAGUACCCCAGUGAGCCUAACCUCUUAAUCGAGGGUCUUUCGGGUUCCGUCUCCCUCCCCUUCAACCUCAGAGCCAACCGUCCUCCUCUAGAGGUGCUGAAAAAGAUCUUCCCUGGCCACAAGCCUGCUGUGCUGGAGCUGAUCCUGAGGGGCUGUGGGGGUGACCUGGUUGGUGCCAUCGAGAUCCUUCUGUCCAGCCGCUCCUCAGCCAAAGGGGACAAGCCCUCUCCCGACGGUUCCGAAGCUCUGGUGCUUCCCUCCAAUGGGCAUCUCUUCGAGCACCCUUUAAGCUCAUAUCCGGUUUCUUCCACCAAAUGGUCAGUGGGCUCAGCUUUCCGCGUUCCAGAUUCACUACGUUUUUCUCCGGAGUCACCCACCGGUGGAAUAGUGCCUGGCCCCCUUGGUGUCCCACUGCAGCAUGGCUUCCCCCAGCCACCCCGUUACCCACUGAUGCUGCGCAACUCACUGAGCCGCGGCCAGGCAGGAGGGCCCUUUGUGCACAGCGACGUGACUCUAUGGAAUACCAUGACCCUGCAGCAGCAGUACCAGCUCCGCUCCCAGUACGUCUCGCCCUUCUCAGGCCCCUCGCCCGGGGCAUUCCGCAGCUCACCCCUCCUGACCUCCAGGGCGGCGCAAGAGGAGCAGCGAAUUAGUGUCCAAGAGGACGGCUGUCCUGUCACGACCAAACAGACCAUAUAUGCAGCCGACGAGGAAUAUGAUGAAAGAUCUGAUUCCUCAGACUCAAGGAUCCUCAACACGUCCUCCUAA